AUGCCGGCCCCGCCACCCCCACCUCCACCUCCUCCGCCGCCGAUGGCCCCUGGGCCACCAAAGGCCGCGGCACCAACAAAGGCAUCUUCCGGGGAUGGGCGCGGCGCCCUGUUGUCAGAGAUUCGCGGAGGAGCUCGGCUAAAGAAGACAGUAACCAACGAUCGCUCAGCACCGCUCGUGUCCGGGAAGGGACCAAGUAACAGUGGCAACAAUGCAGAAAGCGGCGGGCGAGGACCGUCACCACCAGGUGGUUCGAAUGGACCAAGCAAAGGCGGCCCGCCGAUGGGACUGGGAGGCCUUUUCAGCAAUGGCAUGCCAUCCAAGCCGAGCGAAGCGCGACAGAAGAGGUUGGAAGGUACAAAUACGAGGCCCGAAUUCAAUGCUGCACCGAAGCCGCCACCCGUGGCAAUGGCUCCCGUCAAACCUGCCAAUAAUUUCAACAAUGCAGCGGCAAAGUUUGAUGUUCCCCGCGUACCUCCACAAUCCUCCAAGCCCCAGCCAUCCGCUUCAAAGGCACUUCCAACUCCACCACCACCGUUCAAACCUACGGCAACGGAAGCUCCGGCUGGACGGCCCCAAUUUCGCACGCUUCGCCCGACAUCAAACAGGGAAACGACUCCGGAGCUGAUGGCACGCAGUGGAAGCUCGGAAGGCCUGGACAAGCCGCCCGUCGCUCGGACGAACGCCUACAUGCGCCCGCAAGCACCACCACCCCCUCCUCCGCCACAGCCUAUGCAGCAAAAGCAGAAGACGUCUGCACCGCCGCCUCCACCUCCCAUCCCAGCUGCAGCUCCACCGACUUUUUCGUCGAACGCUUAUCAACAGCGGUCUGACAUGGUCCCACCUCCACCGCCCCGCAUUGCCAGUAUGCCGAAGCAAGGCUUUCAAACCCACACUCGGCCUGCUGUACAUGAAACGCAGUACCGGCCAACAAUGGUGAAGGAAUCAAACAACGGCUAUCAACCACACCGUGUCGCCCAUCCGCUCGACCGUUUCAAGUUCCAAAGCUUCGAUGCCCUUCCACCACCACCCAACCGUGGCAACUGGCGAGCC